CCAGUUCCUCUCUUCUUCUCUUUCUCCUGCUGCUGCUGUCGCACCCUCACCGUCCCUCCAUUGGCCUCUGUGAGCAAGCGAGCUGGAGGGAGAAAGAGAGUGAAUUUGAGUAGUUGUAGCUGAGGGUAGUAGCUGGGUAGUGUGGGUGGUGGUGGUGGUGCUGCUGCUGCUCCUGGUUGUGGUUUGUGGUUGGUGUCUUGUGAUUUUUGAUGGGUUGCGCGGCGUCCAAGAUCGACAACGAGGACGUGGUGCGGCGCUGCAAGGAGCGCCGACGCCUCAUGAAGGCGGCCGUCUACGCCCGCCACCACCUCGCCGGCGCCCACGCCGACUACUGCCGCUCCCUCCGCCUCACCGGCUCCGCCCUCUCCGCCUUCGCCGACAACGAGCCCCUCUCCGUCUCCGACCAGACCCCCGCCGUCUUCGUCCUCCCCCGCCGCCAACGCUCCCCCUACUCCUCCUCGGCGGCGGCGGCGGCGGCGGCGGCGUCGUCGUCCCAGCCCUCGUUCCGCCGCGCCCCGUCCGCCGUCCCCGAGGCGGCGGUGCCCGAGGCGCGGCCCCCCGCAACGCCGCCGCCGCCUCCUGCUGCUCCGCCGCUGUCCCCGUCCAUCGCCAGCUCCAAGCUCCCUCACAUCCUCUCCGCCUCCGAUCGGAAUCCUCCUCCCCCGCCGCGCGUCGGCGGCUCGCACCACAACCCCCACCGGCGGCGCAACAGCAAGCCCAUGAAGCUCCCUCACAUCCUCUCCGAGUCGAGCCCCAAUUCCUCCCCGCGAAGCCUCAGGUCCGACUUCGCCCCCGGCUUUUAUCCGACCGCCUAUCCCGACUCCACCUACACGAGCACGCCGUCGCAGGCCUCCUCCGUCUGGAACUGGGAGAAUUUCUACCCUCCUUCGCCUCCCGACUCCGAGUUCUUCGAUCAGCGCGCCCGGACCAAUAAUCAGCGGCAACCGCAGCCCGAGAACGACGAAGAAGGGGACGGAGACGCGUCGGCCUCGGAGUACGAUUUCUUCCGCCGCGACGCCCCGGGCAAAGUCCGGGACGGCGAGGCGGGGGCUAAACCCUACGAUUUCAAGAGAGCCGCGGCCAGCAUUGACGGCGGCGGCGGCGAGACCGAAAGGGAGGAGGUGCAGUGCAGCGACUGGGGCGACCACUACAGCACCACGAGCUCGUCCGAAGAUGUGGAGGAAGGCGACGACGACGACCACCACGACGGAGCGUCCAGAUCCGAGAUCGGGGGGACGCGGUCGAACUUCGGAGGAUCGGCGCGGAGCGGCGUGGUCGGCGCGGAACCCAUGAAGCCUCCGCAGCCCGAGGUGAGCUUCGGCAAGUCCGACGAUAAGUCCGAAGAUAUGAGCUACGGGGAGCACGAGAUGGUGGAGGAGGAGAACAGGAUGGUGGUGAGGCACAAGGAUUUGAAGGAGAUCGUGGAUGCCAUCAAGGCGAAUUUCGAUAUGGCGGCUUCCGCCGGCGAGCCGGUGUCGGUGAUGCUCGAAAUCGGGCGUGCCCAGCUCGAUAGCAGCUUCAAGCAGCUCAAAAAGACCGUGUAUCACUCGACGAGCGUGUUGAGCACGUUGAGCUCGAGCUGGACGUCGAAACCGCCGUUGGCAGUGAGGUACCGGCUCGACGCCGGCGCGCUCACUGAAUCGGGCGGUUCGAAGAGCCUCUGCUCCACCCUGGACCGGCUCUUGGCUUGGGAGAAGAAGCUGUAUGAGGAAGUGAAGGCUAGAGAAGGUGUGAAGAUAGAGCAUGAAAAGAAGUUGUCAGCACUUCAGAGCCAGGAAUGCAAGGGAGAAGAUGAAACCAAGUUAGACAAGACUAAGGCCUCGAUAACGAAGUUGCAUUCACUAAUAGUUGUUACGUCGCAGGCUGUCUCUACGACCUCAACUGCAAUUAUUGACCUUAGAGACAGUAAACUUGUCCCCCAGCUUGUUGAACUCUGUCAUGGGUUCAUGUACAUGUGGAAGUCAAUGAAUGAAUAUCAUGAGAUUCAGAACAACAUUGUGCAGCAAGUCCGGGGCCUUGUGAACCGAGCAAACAAGGGUGAAUCUACUUCUGAAUUGCAUCGGCAGGCGACUCGUGACCUCGAAUCAGCUGUUUCUUCAUGGCAUUCCAGUUUCUGCCACUUAAUUAAGUUCCAACGUGAUUUCAUCCAUGCCCUCCACGGCUGGUUCAAACUGACUCUCCUUCCUGUUGACAAUGAUAACAAUGGGACCCGGGAACACUCUGAUGUCUAUGCCUUCUGCGAUGAGUGGAAGCAUGCACUAGAUCGUGUCCCAGACACUGUUGCUUCUGAAGCUAUCAAGAGCUUCAUUAACGUUGUUCAUGUAAUAUUUGUAAAACAAAGUGAAGAAAUGAAGGUGAAAAAGAGGACGGAGUCUGCAUCGAGAGAUCUUGAGAGAAAGGCUUCAUCUCUUCGGAGCAUAGAGAAGAAAUACUACCAUUCGUACUCUAUGGUUGGUAUAGGGCUUCCCGAUCCCGGGCCCGACAAUGGCCAGGUACUGGAUGCUCGGGACCCACUGGCCGAGAAGAAAGUUGAACUUGCAACCUGCCAAAGGAGGGUAGAAGAUGAAAUGCUGAGACAUUCCAAGGCAGUGGAAGUGACGAGGGCAAUGACCUUGAACAAUCUUCAAACGGGUUUGCCAGGAGUUUUCCAGGCAUUGACUAGUUUUUCAUCCUUGUUCUCGGAGGCGCUUGACGCGGUAUGUACUAGUUCUUAUGCCAUCAGUUAGACGUAUGUAUACACAUUCUUUCGGUCCGGUAUUUUUCUUAAAGUGGGAAGGAUGAGAGCUGGGUAAUUUUGGCGGUGGGCUCUCGCUAUUUAUAUAGAGUUGUAUUUACUUAUUUGGAGGGAACUCGUUUAUUUGUAAAUAUUGAAUUUUGCGAUGGCGUCCUUAUUUUUUGGAUGGGUGGUGGACUGCUGGGGCAUGUCCCUGUACAGGAAGUUGCUUGGUCUGUUAUUGUCCUGGAGUUUUGCAAUGGAUAAAAGAAGCAUAAUGCUUUCUCUC